GCCGCCCGCCGUUCCCUCUCCGCUCCUUUCUUCCUUCCUCGGCGGCCCCGGUUGGCUGUUGCUGUGGCGACACGGGGGAAGGAGGGGGCGGGGCCGGCGCCCCACCCCGGCAGCGGCGCCGCCGCAGCCCGUGAGCGCGGCCCCGCCGCGGCCGGCAGCAUCCGCCGGGCGGGAGCGCGGCGCAGCGGGGGCGGGAGCCCAUGGCGGGGGCGGGAGCGGGGCGAUAGGGCGGGCUGCUCCGCGCUGGCGGCGGCGGGAGGAUGCGCGAGUACAAGGUGGUGGUGCUGGGCUCGGGCGGGGUGGGGAAAUCGGCGCUCACGGUGCAGUUUGUGACCGGCACCUUCAUCGAGAAGUACGACCCCACCAUCGAGGACUUCUACCGCAAGGAGAUCGAGGUGGACGCCUCGCCGUCCGUCCUGGAAAUCCUGGACACGGCGGGCACCGAGCAGUUCGCCUCCAUGCGGGACCUCUACAUCAAGAACGGGCAGGGCUUCAUCCUCGUCUACAGCCUGGUCAACCAGCAGAGCUUCCAGGACAUCCGACCCAUGCGAGACCAGAUCAUCCGCGUCAAGAGGUGUUCUUUGGACUUUUAUUGAAAAAGCCAGGUA